CAUCCCUGGGUGUAGAGAAAAACAGACAGACAGAGAGGAGGGAGAGACAGACUUCAUCACUGACUCCAGAUCUGAGGACAAACUGAAGAACCACUCACACAAAUUCAAACAGUUCAGUAAUGCCCUUAUCAGCCCCUCCCCUCUUCUCCCUUCCUCUUCUCCUUCUCCUUUCUCAACUGGACUCCGCCCUCACCUGUCGUACUGCCAGCCAAUCCCAGUGUGACUCCGCACCCUUUGUCCCCGGUCACAACCUGGCAGGGGAGGGGUUUGACGUGGUGACCCUGAAACGUAAAGGGGCCUACCUGAUCGACCUGAAGACCUACCUGUCCCCCAGUAAAACCUGUACACUGUGUAGUAACCCCCUACAGGGGGACAAGCUGCAGAAAAUACCCCUGUCUGUUGUAGACUGGAGGCCCUACAGCCACUGUACUGAGGAUAUCUCCAGCCACUCUCAUGCCUCUGUCAGUAACCUGGCACAGUCCACUACCAACGAGAUCUCUACAAAAUGGAAGGGGGGUUUGAGUAAUGAGGCGAAGGUGUCUGUAAGCGUACCUGUGGGACCGGUGAUUGUGAGUGUGGCGAAGGAUGUGGGCGCUAGCAUAGAGAUGGGAGGGUCCCAGUCUGAUGUAGCCAUCUUUGCCACAACCAAGACCAAAGAGGACCGCCACUCUUUCUUCUCACAGAAUCUCUGCUGCCGGCACUACAGUUAUCGCACGCCAAACACUCCAACUCUCAGCGAUGAGUUCCGUAAGGACAUUGAUCGUCUGGACUCAUACUCUGAGACCUCUAAGGCCCAGUACCGCCGGCUCAUAGACACCUAUGGGACUCACUACAUCCGCCAGGUUGACCUGGGAGGCCGGCUGACGAUGACCACAGCAAUACGCACCUGUCAGGCUUCACACAGUGGCCUCUCUACAAACCAGGUGGAAUCCUGCUUGUCCACAGGUCUUGAUGUGGGCCUGGGGAGAAGUAAAGUUUCCCCUAGCGUCCAAAGUUGCUCCAAAGUUCUGGACAACCGUGACUCGAAGACCUCCGACAGCUCUAGCUUCCUCAGCCACCACACCAAGGUGGUGGGAGGCUCCGGUUGGCUGGGGGAGCUGUCACUCAACCGUAAUGACUCAGUGGGGUUCCGUAGUUGGAUGAGCACCCUGAAGGACCGCCCUGACGCCAUCUCCUAUUCUCUGAGGCCUCUGCACCUGCUCAUACGCGACAAGAGGGUCCGGGAGAGAGUGAAGGAGGCUGUCCUAGAGUACCUGAAGGAGAAUGCCCUCCCAAAGAGCACCGGAGAACUGUCCUGUGGGAGCCGUGACCCAAACUGCUGCCUCAAAGAGUCCUCGAAGGGAAUACUGGAAGUGACGGUGGACAAAGCCUGGGGUCUGGCAGGAGACUGGUUUUCUGGUGUCACUCAUUCGUAUGCUGUGGUCCAAUACGGCACAUCUCCGCCCAAACAAACCCCUGUGAUCAAUUCUUACAAUCCUGUGUGGAACACUGCCUUUAACAUGGGGCGCGUGGACACAAACCAGGCGCUAAAGGUGGAGGCCUGGGAUCAAGACAUGAUCAGCGAUGACCUACUGGGUGGCUGUACCAUCGUCCUCCAGCAGGGGACACACAGAGAGGAGUGUGGGGCCAGCUGGGGAGGCAUCCAAUUCACCUACAGUCUCACUUGUGACCCACACCUGACCGGGGACCAGUGUGAAACCUACACGCCUUCCACCUCUGGGUAGUGACACCUGGAUAGGGCAUUGAGCUCAUUGGCUCCUUGGUUUGACGUAGACUCCUGUAGUAUGGAAUAGUCUCGGUACUGUCUCUACUCUUUAGGCUACAGUACUCUUUAGGCUACAGUAAGAGUCUGCAUCUCUUCUCUAGCUUUUCUAGCCACAGUUCAGCUCUAUGGUCAUUCAUUUACAUCUCUUCAUGUCUUCAUCUGUCAUGUAUAAUCAGGUGGUAUAUAGGAUUCAACUGACUCUGUCAUUCAACUAAAUAGGGACUAUACUGUUGAUUGAUAUUCUGUAUAUCAUUCAACUAAAUAGGUAAUCUAUCGUUGUUGAUAUUCUGUAUGUCAUUCAACUAAAUAGGUACUAUACUGUUGAUAUUCUGUAUAUCAUUCAACUAAAUAGGUACUCUAUCGGUGUUGAUAUUCUGUAUAUCAUUCAACUAAAUAGGUACUCUAUCGUUGUUGAUAUUCUGUAUGUCAUUCAACUAAAUAGGUACUAUACUGUUGAUAUUCUGUAUGUCAUAUAGUUUCAAGGGAGAGGUUUUCUGCAUGUUUCAGGGCUUUCUCUCUUUUUAAUAAAUAAAACAAUAA